AUGGAGACACAAAUUUUCUUCGCCUGGUCCCUCAUUAUCACAGUUCUCCUUUCACUGUUGUCAGCAGAACAAUCCUCCGGGAGCUUUUUUUCCUCGCUGCAAUUCACCCGUGAUGCACUGAUGGAUUUUUCGCGUGGUUCCCAACGAACUGUGGAGAUCAAGCUAGAACCAAAAAAAACGACGAAAAUGGUCAAUAAAACGUAUCAACUGAUAGCUGGUCAGAAGGAAUCGGGCGGACCAACACUUGUGGAAGUAAAAGAAAGUGAAAAUAAUACUGGUUCAACUGACUGGUUUUCAACACUCUCAUCGGAAGGCGUCAAAGAUUUGUUUGAUCCUUCAAUGAGGAAGCACGUGCCAAAGCAAAUUCUAGUGACAACGCAGGUUAACAGCAAAGGCGAUGUCAAAACCCUACUAUUCGUCCCAUUCAAUAAAACAGUGGUUAAAAACCAGACGAAACACGAAGUUUACAGAACACGUACUUCCCCGUCUAACAAAUUUAUGAAAGCAAUUAAUGACAUUGAACUAGCACAGACAAACGCCAACGCCUCAGAUGUGAAGUACAGCAGUGCUGCCUUAGCUAAACUGAAAGUGCUUGUCGAGAGAGCCAUACGGAGUAAGAGCUAUAAAUACGCGAGACAGGUAACGAAACACCAUGUUCCUUUCGGAAAAUGUCGGGACCUAAGAGUCACCGGACAGUAUGGGGAGCACUGUAGAUUUAAAGACAUUCCUGGUUUAGUGCAGCAACAAAAUGACGUCAAGAGUAUCGUGAGCCAUGUCAUAAACUUCCAUCCAGUUUUGAGUGAUAAUAUAGCUUGUUCCUCUUUACUGUGUAGAAAACUAUAUCAAGAAUUUUAAUGAUUACCCCCAGUGCUAAAAACCUCUUAUCUUAUUCAAAGUUGCGGCCAUCCCAUCGUUGAAUUUCACAGUCAACUAAAAAACAUUUAAAAAAAUGCAAAUCGUCUGAAGUUUAUAGAUGUCCGAGAACAUAACAGUUCAAUGGCUUAAUGCAAUUUGGAAUGGUAUCCUCAAAUUUCAAGAGAUUUUUUUCUUUAACACGUGAGCAGGGCAUGCCACCAUGGUGGCGUGAAGUUUGUCUUUGAGAUUUACGUUGUGUUGAGUGUUUCUUUGCCCUCUUAAGGCUUUUAUCGAGCAGAUCCUGCUACUAAACAGAGCCGUUGCAACCGUACCUUCUCUAGUUAAAAUUGUUUGACGAAAAUUACCCUGCGAGCCCGCUAGCACUGUUUCUCUCAGUGUUAUUAGUUUCCUUGACUCAAAGUCAUUGGCAAAGUGGAAUACGGCAAAUGUUUGCUUUCGGAAUCCAAAAUCCUGGGCUUUGAAGUCUGUAAUACAGCUCAAGGAAUCCGGAAUCCACUGGAGAUUGAAAUCCGAAAUCCACGUUUCACUGACAAAGAAUCGGAAAUUCAGUACCUGGAAUCCGAAAUCCAUUGCGUGGAAUCCAGAAUCCAAAAUUCCCUUACAGACCUUUACAUGGGGCAGCCUUUUACUAAUGAACUUCAAACACAUUUCAGAUCGUUGGACAGAUCAUGUAUUUACUGAGCGCCAAGGCGGCACCGUCGGAUCGGACAAAGAGAAGCUCGAAAGGCGAGGGAAGUAAAUUUCUUCAGGAUCUCCGUCAAAAAGUCGGUGCUGCUACGUUCGAUAGCUUCUUGGCUGUGCAAGGAGAUGUGGCUCUGAUGUUUGCUAUAGAUGAUACCGGCAGCAUGGGUGAUGAAAUCCUGGCCGCAAAGAACAUUGCUGCUGAUAUUAUCAAUUAUAAGAGGAAGGUUCCUAUCAAGGAGUAUAUUUUGUCAGCAUUUAAUGACCCAUAUCCAGGUUAGUAAAUUUUUGUCUAUUUUGUGGAUUUUGUUGGUAUUUUGGAAAUUACUGUUGCUUCGUUGUUGUGGGAUCAUGUAUAUCAAUACUGUUCGGCAAUAUGCCAUAUAGAUCAUAAAGAUCCACAGCCUGAGAAGAGGGUCUCAAUGGGGUGGUGGCUUUUACGGUUAUCGGCUAAAAUUUUGGCUGUUUUACGGCAAUCGGUUAAUUUUUUUCAGUUACGGUUAACAAAAAAGUUAAAAAUUAACUUCUUUUGUUUCAAAAAAGUUAAAUAUUAAUUAAUCUGUAUUUUUGUAUCUUUAAAUCAAAAUAAAGGUCUUCGGAUCAUCUCGGGAUGAAACAAGCUAUUCUUUUCAAAAAUUUUAACAUCCGAUUGAUCAUACCUUUCAUAAAGUAUUUCACUUCUAAUAUUAUUUUACGCAUAGAAAUGUCAAUAGUAAAUUUAAAAAUAAUCUUUGUGAAAAAGCAAAAGCGGACACGCAAACGCCCAAACUCAAGGCCGGGCCGCGACAUUUAUUAUAACAGAAAUGGCCGUUUUCACACUAGAGACGGAUUAUUCGUGUGACACGGGUUAUCCGUUUGAUGAUCUGCGUCAGAUAGGUAAUACUUCUUAAUUUGAAAAUGGAAUGGUUUUAAUUUUGAAUGAACAAUCCACCCGACUUUAUCCGUCAAUUUUGACAGACAGUUUGAAGACGGGAUUAUCCGUUCCAGAUACGCCUGUAGGUAGGUACGCCUGUCCCCUACCCUCAGAAAAAAAUCGGAGAAGGAGUGUCUGUGGGGAGGGUGCGACUGUACGCAGGCCAGUCUCAGACGGAUAAUCCAUUUCUAGCUCUAGCGUGAAAACGGCCAAUAACAAAAUUCCCGUGUCCAGUGUUUUUAAUGAUAGCGAAGGACUGUACGGAACGACUGUCUGCCGUUGCCUUGUCCGUAGGCCUCAUUAUUCCGCGCAGCUAAUGCGUUUCGGGUCACGUGGUCCUAGCGCGUUCGCCACCCAAAUGCCUUGACCGAGAUUGCGUGGGAAGUAGCGUCAGAGAAAAACAGGGAAAUGUUGUUUAUCGGCGACGUGUUUUACAAACAGUGACAUCUCUGCGAGUUGUUCACUAGUGUUUCGAGGGCACGACCUCCUAAAAAUCGCAAAUGUUCUUCCCUAGCAAAAAGCCACACUUUCGCUCUGGAAAAAAUUAGUUCCCCGAGAGAGUGGCGGAAAUGGAGCCUUGGUCUUGGUCAACACCUAAAAGGCGCUUCGCCUAACGUGCGUACGGAGUCACACUAGCCGGGAAAUAAAACGCAACCAUAAUUGAGUUUAGUACCUCCCGUAAAAGUAUAAAAUCUAGGAAACAGUUUCUUUUACGGUUAACUGUUUUUUUACUCUAUUUACGGCUAACGGUUAAAAUUUUUCAAUUUUUACGGCUAUCGACUAAAUUUUUGGCCGUUUUACGCCUAUCGGUUAACCCCAUUGAGACCCUCUGAGAAAAGGUUGAACAGCUGACAUUUGGCGACGCUGCCACUGGUUUCCCCGCCAAAUGACGUCUGAGAAACGAGUGCAGAAAUUCCAUACUGAUGACGCUUCACUACCCAGAUCUGGGUGGUGCUUCUGAUAGUGAUGCGUCAUCAGUAUGGAAUUUCUGCGCUCGUUUCUCAGACGUCAUUUGGUGGGGAAACCAGUGGUAGCGUCACCAAAUGUCAGCUGUUUUCUCAGGCUAAAAGACCCAUUAAAACUCUUACUGGAUCUAAUGUUAAACAAACGAUAUGCCAUUUGAAUUAUGAACCUGAAUACAGUUCCUUAUUUUGUAAACUUUUACUUUCUGGUAGAUCCAUCGAAUGAAAAUCCAGUGACUGUCAAAUUUGAAACUGAAGCUGGAGAGUUUGAAAGAGAAAUCAGGAGACUGAGGGCCCAUGGUGGAGGUGACUGCCCAGAGUAUACGUUCCACGGUAUCCGAGAAGCACUUGCCAGACUAAGUAUCCCUCGUUCUCCUAUGUACGUGUUUACUGACGCAGGACCUAAAGAUGCAACUGAUCUGGACAUUGAGCAGGUGAAAUUGAUGGUCGAGAAUGAUGAUGUUGUUGUCAAUUUCCUGACAACAGGUAAAGAGAAAGCGUAAAGUUUAAGUUUUGAUAAUGAUUUUUAUACGUUUAACCUGGCAGGGUUUCCUCUCUGGCUCUCCUCGAAGAAUGUUCAGUCUCCCCUUCUUUUUUCGUAAGAUCGUCAGGAUUGAGCAGAGAGCUUACAAAAGCAAAAACUACCGGUAUGGGCCGGUAGUUGCGGCCAUCUUGGUUUCAUGUACCGAGGGUGCGGGCGUCGGGGUUUAUAGCAAACCGUUAAAUUUAAUAAAUAGCUUAACAGAGAAGAUUGUAAUUUUAAAUUAUUUGGAAAACAGUCGAUGUACCAGCUGGGUAUAAGACCCCAAAUAAAUAUUGUCUUGUCUUGUCUUGUCUUGCCUUGUCCCUCGAUAAAGCUAGAAAAUGAAUGUUGAGCCCCGUGCCUUUCCUGUCAUCUUUUUUUGUUGUUGUUUUUUUUUUUGUUUUGCCUAAGUAAGGGAGUCCAUUCCACCUGUCAAGCUCCACAUCGAGACCAAGGUGGGAUGGCGUUAUACUACGCUUACCCGUUGGGUAUAGUGAUUAAUCCUGAUAUUUUGACUGCCUACUAGGGGUAGGUAUUUUAAAAAUUUGGUACCAGCACUUGACGGCACCUUAAUUUGUGCUUGGAUGAACCAGUGUCUCAUCCAAGCAAGAGUCGCUCAUUCAACCCCUCACUCCCCCCCCCUAGCUGAUUCAAGCGGAUUUCACACUGCGAGCAGAGGCUCGUUUUGUCUUCUCCCUGACCGCGCUGAAAUCGAGCAAGUGGAACAAAGAGGCAUUUACUUUGUGCACCCGGCACAGGUGACGUAAAACAAAAGAACAAAAACCAGGAAAUAAUACCACGCAGAGUUUUCCCUGAACAGAAAACAAAGAGGUCUUUUGUUUUACGUCAUCUGUGCCCCGGGUACACGAAGUAAAAGCAAACGAAGGCUCUGCGGUGUUGACAGGGUGAGUGGGCUCAAGCUCCACCCUUGCAGCUUUACCAUACCAUUUAUUCGAGCUGAGUCUGAAUUUAAACUUGUAACUAAAUCAUUUUCAAGGUUAUUGUAAUGCCACGGUAAAGUACAGCGUGCCGGGUAAUCCAAAAAAUAUUCACCAAGCCUUCAAAGAUCUGGCAAAGAGCACUUCUGGUCUAGCAAUUAUGUUUAACAACGUUGGGGAACUGGAACAAGUGGCCAAUUUGACAAUCGGGACAUUGGAGGGUGAUAGUAUCGUGGGAGAUGGAUCAACCAUGAGACGAAGAACAAAAAGGAGCGCUGAUGGAUAUUCUGUCAGUCGAUAUAAUAUUCCCGUUGAUGACUCUAUGGAAAAAAUGUCUGUGACCAUUAAUACCGCCGAAGGAGGUACGAUAAGCUUACGGAAUAUGAAUGUGUAGAAAAAUCAUUUGCUCGAACUGAGAAUAUCAACGUUAGGGUGAUUGUCCCUUAGAUGGUAGGGCAGAAGUGACUCGGGCUUAUUCCGAAGUAAAAAUACACAAGAACAUAUUUAUAUAGCCAAACCAUUCAAACCAUCUGGAUUUUGGAGACUUUCUGGAACGCUUCACUGUCAAUAAAGACAAGAACUGAACUUCAUUUACAUAGUGCUUAACUCUUACUCUAACUUUAACUCCCAGAGCGAGAGAUGAGUCUUGAAAGAUGGCUCUAACUUUUGACCCUACAAAUGCAGCCGCCCUUUACUGAUCCUCGUCGCGGUGAGCAGUACUCUCAGAUCACGUGUUACCAUUUGCUUUGAAUGCAAUUUCGAGUUUUCUUCGGGUUUUGACUUUGGCCGCUUACGAAGGGUGAAAGGGUAAUAAAUAGGCUUUUGAUAUAAUGACAAUGAAAGACCUGUAACAGAGAGAAAUCAAUAAAAAGGAACCAGUGUAUAAGUUAGUGUUAAAAUUCAAUUUUUGUCUCCCCUUACAGCAGGUCACGUGAUUACCUUACAAGACCCGGAAAAUGUGAAAAUAACGUCAGGAAAACUUAGUCUGUCAUACAUCACCAUCUACGAAAUCACCAAUCCAAAGAGAGGAACCUGGACCCUAACAGCUCCUGGCAAAAAUGGUGAUCAUGAGUUCUCUGUCAAGACAAGCAGCGACACUAACGUAGAUUUCGAAUAUUACUUUCUGAUCGCACUGUCUUGGCGCCGGGGACACAAUGCUGACGUUCCCAUUUCAAAUCCAGUUACUGGUGAGUCAGUCAAGUUUAAAUACCACUCAUUAACUGAGGAGUCCGUAGUUAGUGCCAUUCGACAGUUACUCAAUCUCGUGCAUUCGCAUUUAUUGCAGGCAAGUUGAACAAAAUCAUAAUCACAGUGGCUGGAUCAGAAAAACUAAACAGCAGUUCCCUUCUACUCCAACUCAUAUCCACAGAAGGAAACCUCAUCAGUGACGUCACCCUUCAGUCACAAAGCCAAGGCGAUUUCAUUGCCAACUAUCAUCUUAACGCGCAUGUCCCGUCGUUCAAGUUGAAGCUAAAAGGAACCACGCAAAACGGUUAUCCAUUUGAAAGAAUUUCCCGAAAAACCGCCAGGCCAACUACGGCUGUUUUAAGGGUCAAGUAUGCAAGCAAUCUUUACACUCUUCCUCUGGGAAGAACCACCUUCAUCCAUUUCCUGGUAUGCAAUUCUGGGGCUACUGAAAUGUUUCAUAUCGAAGUCCUAGAGGACAGACUGGGCUAUAUCGUACGACGAGGACGUCAUCGAAGCUCUAAACGACGUAAAGCUGGUAAACUAGUGAUAAAAGGCCGCUGUGUACUUUUCUUUGUUUACGCAAAGUCUACUCGUUCUGAGGAUGUGGGAAAGACAGAUCCCAUUUAUUUCAUCCUUAAGGGUCAAAAAUCAAAAGUUGUUAUCUCCCAGACCGUUCAUUUGCUUGUUGACAAUUAAAGCAUUUUCCAGUCGAAGUGUUAAAAAACCAAACGUUGUUACUCUCAAACCUAUUACGACAUAAUUAUACUUAUAUACUCAUAGAUCAUGAAAUAACAAAACCUCGAACAUAGGGAUGCUUAGUUUCUAACCACUAAGUGGGACCACCCUUCUGUGCUAGAAAAUUUGAUGACUUCAGUUCACUGUUUGAUUGAUUUAGAAAGUAAGUAAACGCUGUUUUAGCAUUAAACAAGAAGAAUUAGAAGUAACGUUAUUCGACGUCUUGAUGUAUCCAACAUGAUCGGGUCCCCCUCAAGAAUCAUACAAAAAGACGCGAAGCUCGUAUUCUAUUAGUAUGAUUGCAUAAAAAGCAAGGACAAGCGAAUGCCAUCUAAUAAUGUUGGAUACAUCGAAACAUAGCAGAAUAACGUUACUUCUCAAUUUUCUUCCACUAAUUGUUGUCGGAAAAUUAAUUACUCUUUGCGCAUGCGUACUGCCGAGGCUCGAUUUCCAGCGAUUUGAGACUGGUUUGAUUGAAACCAAUCUGCAUCCUCCUCCCUCAAGAUGGCCGGGACGCGGACGCACAAGACGGCUAGCUGCCUUCGUAGUAGUCUGCGAGAGCAUCCGUUUUUUUCGGCCUCUAGUUUCACCUGCCGAGAAAUACCGACAUUAUUUUCCGGAGGGAGAGAAGCGAUGACCGGAAAUACGUCUGCAGUUCGCAGGCUACCUUGUAGAAGUAUAGGCAGAAACUCAAUUCUUUCUACCAAAAUCACGUCGGACACCUUAUGACAUGUCUGCUCAAAGAAAUUCUCUAUAGUGGAAGGGCGCCUUGACUAUGGUGAUUAGGGAUAAGCACUGACUUGACUAUGGUGAUUAGGCUUAAGCACUGACUUUACUGCGCUUAGGGGUUAAAGCAGUAAAAAUAGUGAUAAGAGCAAUGACUUCAUUGAUUAGAGUAAGCACUGAGAAUAGCUGUGAUUAGGGCUAUGCACUCUCUCGGAAUGGUGCUUUCAUUUUCUGUAAACGUUUGUCUGUAAAUCAAAACGGCCUUGACCAGCAAAGCCACCAUGUUGUAGCAGUAUGGGCAAUGUAGCAGUAUGCCGCCCCCACCCGGGAUUGAAUCCGAUAAUGCCGACAUCAAACACUUCUUGACAUUUUUUCUUCUUAAAAGUGAGAAGGAACGAUCACUUUGGAGAAUAGAAACGAGUGACAACCUUGAAAGUACUGAGUUUACGUGGCCAGGUUACAUAUUCUGCGGUUUACGCGACUGCUUUGAAUUAUUUCAAUAAAGCUGCUAUAAAUCCUUAAUAUAAUGAGCAACGAACCUCGGCCAAAGAAAGUAAAAGUUCUUUUAUUUUAGUGCGUUACUUUUCAUAUAUAUCAGCUACUAACAAAAAGGCAAUAUCUCCAACUGGAAGAUAAAGUUUGUCCAGAAGCCGAUUACUGGUUUGUCCUUUUCAAAGUUUGUAUACUAAGAUUAAUUUUUCAAGUGUUUGAGAAUAA